AUGCAUCAUUAUAUCCCUUUCAUUAAAUGGAGCCACAUAUUUUUGGAUGGUGCUCAACUUGAUCGUCAAGAUAUUGAAAUUGUGGAAGGAGAUAUUGCAUUCCCAAAAGGAACAAUGCCACAUACGGAAAAUAGAAAUGCCUAUGGGAAAGCAGCCAAAUGGGCAAAUGGCAUCAUACCAUACCAAAUUGACCGUUUUUCGACAUAUUCAGCUGGUCAAAUAAAUACAAUAACCGCUUCAAUGAGAAAACUUGAACAACAAACAAAUAAUUGUAUCAAAUUUGUUCAGCGAACAAGUCAACCUACGUGGAUUGAAGCAUUUGUCUAA